GUGCAGGGGGGCGGCGGGGACCCCCGAGCGGCUCGGAGUGGCCCCUUGGACGCCAAGGAAGAGGAGAAGGCACCUGUGGAACCGACGGCUCAGGUGCCGGACGCUGGCGGAUGUGCGAGCGAGGAGAACGAGGUACUAAGAGAAAAGCACGAAGCUGUGGAUCAUAGUUCCCAGCGUGAGGAAAAUGAAGAAAGGGUGUCAGCCCAGAAGGAGAACUCACUUCAGCAGAAUAAUGAAGAUGAAAACAAAGUAGCAGAGAAACCUGAUUGGGAGGCAGAAAAGACCACUGAAUCUAGAAAUGAGAGACAUCUGAAUGGGACAGAUACUUCUUUCUCUCUGGAAGAUUUAUUCCAGUUGCUUUCAUCGCAGCCUGAAAAUUCACUGGAGGGCAUCUCAUUGGGAGAUAUUCCUCUUCCAGGCAGUAUCAGUGAUGGCAUGAAUUCUUCAGCACAUUAUCAUGUAAACUUCAGCCAGGCUAUAAGUCAGGAUGUGAAUCUUCACGAGGCCAUCUUGCUUUGUCCCAACAAUACAUUUAGAAGAAAUCCAACAAGGACUUCACAGUCACAAGAACCAUUUCUGCAGUUAAAUUCUCAUACCACCAAUCCUGAGCAAACCCUUCCUGGAACUAACUCGACAGGAUUUCUUUCACCAGUUGACAAUCAUAUGCGGAAUCUAACAAGCCAAGACCUACUGUAUGACCUUGAUGUAAAUAUAUUUGAUGAGAUAAACUUAAUGUCAUUGGCCACAGAAGACGACUUUGAUCCAAUCGAUGUUUCUCAGCUUUUUGAUGAACCAGAUUCUGAUUCUGGCCUUUCUUUAGAUUCAAGUCACAAUAGUACCUCUGUCACCAAGUCUAAUUCCUCUCACUGUGUGUGUGAAGGUGCUACAGGUUAUUGUACUGACCAUGAAUCUAGUUCCCACCAUGACUUAGAAGGUGCCGUAGGCGGCGACUACCCAGAACCUAGUAAGCUUUGUCACAUGGAUCAUAGUGAUUCUGGUUUCCAUGGGGAUCUUACAUUUCAACACAUAUUUCAUAACCACACUUACCACUUACAGCCAAGUGCACCAGAAUCUACUUCUGAACCUUUUUCAUGGCCUGGGAGGUCACAGAAGAUAAGGAGUAGGUACCUCGAAGACACAGAUAGAAACUUGAGCCGUGAUGAACGGCGUGCUAAAGCUUUGCAUAUCCCUUUUUCUGUAGAUGAAAUUGUCGGCAUGCCUGUUGAUUCUUUCAAUAGCAUGUUAAGUAGGUACUAUCUGACAGACCUACAAGUCUCACUUAUCCGUGAUAUCAGACGAAGAGGGAAAAACAAAGUUGCUGCACAGAACUGUCGUAAACGCAAAUUGGACAUAAUUUUGAAUCUAGAAAAUGAUGUAUGUAACUUGCAAGCGAAGAAGGAAACUCUUAAGAGAGAGCGAACACAAUGUAACAAAGCUAUUAACAUAAUGAAACAGAAACUGCAUGACCUUUAUCAUGAUGUUUUUAGUAGAUUAAGAGAUGACGAAGGUAGGCCAGUCAAUCCAAACCACUAUGCACUUCAGUGUACUCAUGAUGGAAGUGUCUUGUUAGUACCCAAAGAACUGGGGGCCUCAGGCCACAAAAAGGAAACCCAAAAGGGAAAGAGAAAGUGAGAAGAAACUGAAGAUGGACUCAUUAUGUGAAGCAGUAAUGUUCGGAAACUGAUUUGGAUCAGAAACCAUCGAAACUGCUUCAAGAAUUAUCUUUAAGUACUGCUACCUGAAUAACUCAGUUAAGGCUCUGUUUUGAAGCUUAUAUGGACAAAUGUUUAGGACUUCAAGAUCACACUUGUGGGAAAUCUGGGGGAGCCACAACUUUUCAUGAAAUGCAUUGUAUACAAAAUUCAGUUAUGUCCAAAGAAUAGGUUAACAUUUUGAAAACCCAGUAAGACUUUUUGGCAGCCAUCCUUUUUAGUAAGUCAGUUACUUCAGAAAGAGCAAACACUGGGGAUCAAAUUAUUUUAAGAGGUAUUUCGGUUUUUUAAAUGCAAAAUAGCCUUAUUUUCAUUCAGUUAGCACUACAGUAAGCUUUUCAAACACUUUUAAUCUUUAUAUUUAACUUAUAAAUUCUGCUUUGUUGAAAUAAAUUUUGUAUUUGUAUUAAAAAUUAACUUUUCUCUUUUA